GUACGUGGCAAGUCAAUAGCUUCGCAGCAGCAGCAGCAGCAGCAGUCCCUGCACGAAUGGCUGCAUCUUCCCUCAUUUCCACAUUCUUCUCUGCAACUCCCUUUCCAACUGUUUCUCUCUCUAGAAGAUCCAGAUUCUCUGUCUCCAAACCUCUCCCUCUGCCUCUCCGCAAAUAUCACUACGCUACUCGCCUUCCUCCUAUAGUCUCUGCUCUUCGCGAUUCGUCUACCUCCGACUCUCUUUCACCUUACUCCGAUGACUACCACUCCGGCUUCCACAAGCUUUUCGAUUCUUUCCUCGUCCUCUGCACCUCCGUCGCCUUGUCUUUCUCUCUCUUCGUCACCGAUGUUGAUCCGGCAUCGGCCUUUGUAGUGACUACGCCUAGGAAAUUACAGACCGAUGAGCUAGCUACAGUCCGCCUCUUCCAAGAGAACACGCCUUCUGUUGUCUACAUCACCAAUCUUGCUGCCAAGCAGGACGCAUUUACGUUGGAUGUGUUUGAGGUGCCUCAAGGGUCUGGGUCAGGCUUCGUGUGGGAUAAGCAGGGUAACGUAGUUACAAAUUAUCAUGUGAUUCGUGGUGCAUCUGAUCUCAGGGUUACUCUUGGUGAUCAGAGCACUUAUGAUGCAAAGGUGGUUGGAUUUGACCAAGAUAAAGAUGUUGCAGUGUUGCAUAUUGAUGCUCCCAUAGACAAACUGAGACCCAUUCCCAUUGGCAUCUCUGCAGACUUGCUCGUUGGUCAGAAAGUGUUUGCCAUUGGAAACCCUUUUGGACUCGACCAUACACUUACAACUGGCGUCAUCAGUGGUCUUCGUAGAGAAAUCAGUUCUGCAGCCACCGGGCGUCCAAUCCAGGAUGUUAUCCAGACAGAUGCUGCCAUCAACCCUGGUAACAGUGGAGGGCCACUUCUUGAUAGUUCAGGAAACCUUAUUGGUAUAAAUACGGCUAUAUACUCUCCCUCUGGUGCAUCCUCUGGUGUUGGAUUUUCAAUUCCAGUUGACACUGUUGGUGGCAUUGUUGAUCAGCUGGUGAAGUUUGGGAAAGUCACAAGGCCGAUUUUAGGAAUCAAGUUUGCACCUGAUCAGUCUGUGGAACAACUAGGAGUGAGUGGCGUGCUUGUCUUAGAUGCUCCUGCAAAUGGUCCAGCUGGCAAAGCAGGUCUGCUACCAACUAAACGUGAUGCAUAUGGCAGACUUAUAUUGGGUGAUAUAAUAACAUCAGUCAAUGGAAAAAAGGUCACUAACGGAAGUGAUUUGUACAGAAUUCUUGACCAAUGUAAAGUUGGUGAAAAGGUCACUGUGGAGGUGCUGCGGGGUGAUCAGAAAGAGAAGAUCCCUGUGAUCCUUGAACCAAAGCCGGAUGAAUCCUAAUGCCUCGAUUGAGGUCAGCUUGUGAAAUAUCAUACAUUUGCAUUCUUGAGGAAUUGCCCUUAUUAAGUGUUUGCAGAUGAAGGGUCUUGUACAUAGUCUAGAUAUGUGUACUAUCUUGAUGUCAACAGAUUAUUAUGCCAAUGAGGUAACAUACCUCUAAACUUGUGAAAAGCAUUUGCCACAACUUUAGACCCCUGCUUUCUUGUGCUAGUCUUGUAGACCAUUUCCUUUGUGUUUUGUUCUUGUAUUAUAUAGGUGGACUUCACAUAGAUAUUUCGUAGAUUUUGGCCUGCUGCUUGUAACUGUGAGAAGAAAAACACUUGCCCAAACAACCGGUCCAAGAAAAUGAUUUUCGGAAAUUUUCACUGAGCUCAUAUUUGAGUCAAAAUUGUUGUUAAAAUGUGACUUAUUCUUUCCUCUUUCC